AUGCCCAAGAAUGAAAAAAGUCUGUAUGGAGUGGAGUGGCAAGUCAUGAAAAUCUUGAUCUAUUUUAUUGGAUUUUUGCAUUUUGUUGAUUCUUUGAGCAAAGAGAAAUGCCUUAAACCCAGUUCUACAGUAAAGCAUGCACUAAUGUGCCCAGAAACCGAAGAAGAAUGGAAGAGAUCAUCUGUAACAAUGAAUUGUUCUCAAUAUGCUCCUAGAUGUCCCGGAUAUGACGAAAAGAAAUGGGAAUAUCAUUGUGUCCUCGAUACAUUUUUAACUGAGCUGUUAGAGGUCUGUGCUCCAGCUGUGAACAUUAUUGGGGGAAACUGUGCUGAAUUUAAUAUAAAAGGCGAUAUAAUUCAAGAGAAUACAAAUGCACCUUGUUCUACAGCUAAGGAGAAAUGUCCUUUUUCAUAUUCAUCAACUGAUGCUUACAAAUUUGCAGGAUGUUUUUCCUUACCAAAAAUUAAGGUGAAACCUCCUAUAAGAAAUUAUCCAACAACAUUUGAGCAAUCAACUUCUUUGGAUAAACAGUAUGUACAACUGAUUAUUUAACAAAUUAUUUCAAGUCCAAGAAUAAUCAUU